UCACGUGGAUUGUAACAAAAAUAAAAAAAAACGGAAAACACUUUCUCAUUCAUUGUUUACUCGUCACAACAACGAAAACAACACUGUAAAAACAGUGCCAAAAGAGAGAAAAAAUCUUUAAGGGAAAAUAUAAAAACUUAUUUCACAUUUAUUGAUUAAACAAACUUUAUUCACUUACGUCAAAAUAAGGCGAAUAAAAGCAAUUGCAACUAUCACAGAUAUUAUAUCAGAAAAGUGUGUUGAGUAACAAUAAAUCCUAAAAUAAAAUUACAGAUUAAAUUAAUUAAGUGUAAUUAAGUUUAUAAGCAUAGCAACUAAAAAAACUUUGUAUCAAUGUUGUUGCCAGAACAAAUACGUCCAGGAUGUUUCGAACGUUUUCUGGAUAUUCUGAAGUCACCAAUAAGGCCAAAACAUAUACGUUUAUCAGCUGUUCUCAUUUGUAUUAAUCAGUUUUUAAUUGCCAAUAUUCUGCUCUUCAUUGUCAUACUGGCUUACAUUCACAUCGAGGAAGCCAAUUCAAGGGCGAUUGCCGACAUGGAAGAUCAACGUGACAAUGCGUAUUACAGUCUUCCGGACUUGAUAUUGAAUCGCAUACGUUUUCACUUUGCCAACGACGUUACAAUGACAUCACGGGUCUUUGCCUUCUCAAUGGUCUGUUGCUCGGCUGUCUAUUUGCUGAGUGCUAUUGGUCUGCUGAUUGGCAUCUAUAAGAGUCGUGAGGAAUUCGUUUUGAUUUGGUUGAUACUGCAGGUCGUUUUCUUUAUUGGCGGUAUAGUUUUUAGUGUUUGGAUAUCGGAUGGUGAAUUUGUUAAACAUACAGUUGGCAAACUGUUUUUCUUUUUCAUGUCUGCAACUGUACUUGUGUGUGAUGCAACAAUGUGGUACAUUAUUUAUUGCUUCUAUCACAGCAUACGUUUAAUGAACAAAUUACGUGAAAUAGCUACUGUUGCCAUUCCAUGUCCUGCGCCCGGAACGGUUCCAUUCCAUUUCCGGAGGGAAAAUAUGUAUUUAGGCAGUAAUGGCUAUAAACACAUUUUAACCGAGGCGCCCGAUGGCAAUUAUUGAUUUUAAAAAGAAAAUAAAUGAAUAUUUUUACUUGUUUUUCACCAAAUUUAUUUAAUUACAGUUUUCUAAAAUAUGCUUUAUUAUUUUUUCGGUACAAAUCUAAUUAAUAUUUUAAUUAAUCACAUACAGAACUAAUUUUACUUAGUAUAUAAUUCGCAAUUCCGAAUUGGGUUUUGGCACAAUACAAUCUAUUCAAAUAAUUAAAAUGAGUUUUCAUUCUUUGCGAAUUAUAUAUAUAUAUAUGUAGGUCCUAAAUUACGGAUUAUAUAUGUAUUACUUAGGUUAUAAAGAAUUUAUUAAUUUAAUGUGAAAAACGAGUUAAAAUAACAUCUCAGUUUAAAAAAAACAUGUGUGAUAAAGAAUUAGUACUUGUCAAGGCAAAACAAAACUAAAGACAAUUUCAAUAGAAUCUUAGAUCUUAUAGAGUUUAAAUAUACUCUGAUCUUUAGAAGUACAUAAGUGGUAAUGUGUGUCAUUAUUUCUUAACAUUGUAACAAUAGCAAUUAAUUAGCAAAAAUCCAAAAUAAAGAUUGAAAGAUUUACCUUUUUACAUUGAUGAAACUGUUAAAAUGACUCAGUAAAAUUUGGAUACACAUAAACUUUUGGAUAAACUCUUUUAAAUUAAUAAAUUUAUUGGUUAAUUAUUGAAACUUAACACCAACUACAAUGUCCAUAAAAAAAUAAAUACUAAAUUAAAACUGAAACCCUAAAAACUGUGAAAAUUUAAUAUGUAUGUAUAAAGCUAUGUAUUUUGUUAUAUCUUAAAAUAUAUUGUCAGAAAAAUAUUCAAAAGAUAUCUAACAAACGUGUCAACUUACAAUUUUCUGUAACAUAGUCUGAAAUGCUAUUUCAGGCAACGUUUCGUAGCAAAAUUGUAAGUUCACAAGAUUGUUAGAUAUUUUCCGAACAUUUUACUGUCAAUGUUGUAAGAUCUGACUUUAAUGUAGGCUUUAAGUAAUAUUGAUUCUUAAUUAAUUUAUUUUUUGUAAUAUAAAUAAAAUUAAUGUGUCUCGUAUGUGUUUUACUGUGUCAUUUCAAUUUUUGAAAUUUUACUCACAGUGUUAUAACAGUUAUCAGAUACAAAUGAAAUUUUUACUACCUACACAUUGAUAGGUCAAUGAUUACGGUCCGCUUAAUUCUUUCGAUAUUUUAAGUAUUGUUAAUUAAAUGUAAAAACAUUAAGAACAAUAUAUAUAUAUACAUACAUGUAAUAUGGAAUGAUAUAUUUACUACUGUUUACAUACUUGUGUAAUAAUCUAACCUGUCCUUCCAAAUAAUAUACAAAUACAUAUGUAGAUAUUUAUUAAAAAAACGAAAUAAUAAUAUUAAUAAAAUACUAACAAAUAUGCACUUAAAAGUCAAUGUAACUGAUUUAGGAAAUUACAAAAAUAAUAAACGAUACAGUAAAAUUAUA